AUGGUGAGCAACACUCCGUCAAACGGCGCUCCUGCGCCGUCUAAGCAAAAGUCCAAAGCCUACCUCUCUAGUGUUGCCAUACAGAGUGAUGCUAUCAAAUACAGGCAAAAAUACAAAGAGUUAAAGCGCAAGGUUCACGAAAUUGAACAGGAAAAUGAUAAGCUCCAGGCCCUUACUCUGCGUAUUAAGGGUAAUAUUCAACGACUACGUCUGGAGAGAGCCAUUCUGUAUGAACAUCUCGAGUCUCGGGUGCAGCAGGUACCUGUGGUGUCUGAGAUACCAGAGGCUGAAACUCAAACACUUGAAGCUGACGCUGAGGUCUCUGCCCAUUCAGACGAGGCAUCUAAGUCCAAGGAUACGCCUAACGAGCCACACGAGCCAGAUGUUGCUGCACCACCAGCUCCAACGGCAUGA